AUGCUUAUCAAUAAUGCUGUGGAAACAGAGGACACAGAAUCAAGGCUGCUGGCAGUCAGCAAACUGAUUAUGGCUGUUCUGUUGACAUGCUGGCUUGUGAUUGGUUUUGAUUGGUUUAGCACUGUGGAUGUUAGAACUCUUGCUGUUGACAGUUUGCUACUACUUGUACACAGGAAUGUUGAUUUAUUCGUCCGUAUGUCCACUGGCUCAGGGAAGUCAUUAUGUUACCAGAUGCCAGCAGUAUUGCAGAAGGGAAAGAUUACUAUUGUUUUUGCUCCCCUUCUGUCACUAAUUAAGGACCAGAUAGACCAUUUAAAGGAGUAUGGAAUUGUUGGCAGUACAAUAAAUUCAAGAAUGUCAAAUUCAGAAGUAAAAAAUAUCAUACAGGAUCUGAAUUCAGAAAAUCCUAAAAUAUCUCUUCUCUAUUUAACACCAGAAGGAGCUAAUAGUCAACGUAUCAAGCAGGCGAUGUUGGAGAAGAGAUUCUCUGGUAUAGAUGCAAAGUUGACUGAACAGCAAGCAUCUAUAGCUGCUAAAUUUGUUGAUCAACAACAGGCUUUAGAAAUUAAGUUUGUCAAACAACAGGUCAAUUUAAUUGCAAUUUGGGAGACCAAGCUAGACGAACAACAGGCUAAGGUUGAUGUUAAGUCUGACAAUCUAGAGUCAAGAUUAGCAGACCGAGAAAAGGAAGGUGUUAAGGAAAUAAUUGACACCCUAUACAAUAGAAGUAAACUGUCAUACAUUGUGAUUGAUGAGGCACAUUGUGUAUAUGAAUGGGGUCUGGGUUUCCGGCCCGAUUACAUGAAUCUCGGAAAGCUACGUGCAAUGUAUCCCGACAUUCCAUGUAUUGCUCUGACAGCAACUGCUACUGAUCAGGAAAUGGCAGCAAUCACUUCAUUUCUUAAUCUUCGCAGACCAGUAGCAGUAUUCAGAAUGCCAUGCUUCAGGUCAAAUAUAUUUCUGGAAGUUGUUUCCAGAAAAAAAGCAAAUGUGUAUGAAGACGUAAAGAAAUUCAUUUCUGUUAGUUUAGCUGAGAGUUAUACUCUUAAUAAGAAGACUUCUGAUGGGUGUGGUAUUAUCUACUGUCUGAGGCGUCGAACUACAGAGACAGUGGCUUCAGUCCUCAGAGGUAUGGGUGUGUCUUGUUCUGCAUAUCAUGCAGGACUAAAACAUGAGAGGAGAACACAAAUCCAAGAAGAAUGGAUGAGUGGAAGUACUGCAGUUAUAUGUGCAACAAUUAGUUUUGGAAUGGGGGUGGACAAGACAUCUGUCAGAUUUGUAGUUCACUGGAACCUUCCAAGAACAUUAUCCUCAUUCUGUCAACAAGCUGGGAGGGCAGGACGAGAUGGAAAACAAUCAUGGUGCCGGGUAUACUAUGAGACUGAAGAGAAAAUCCAUAGAAUAUCAUUGAUACAGAGACGUAUUACAAGGUAUAAAUCCAAAUGUAAAAAAAACAAUGCCGAGAAUGAACUUAAGGAAUUUGAAAAAGUGGUCAGAUAUUGUGAAGCUGUCACGUAA